AUAAAAAUGUCCCAAAAGUUGUUUUUCUAUUGCUGGCAGUAUACAAGUCGGAAAGAGCCGGAUCGGACGACUAUAUUACAUUGCUCUUAAAGGAAAAAUCAAAAAAAAAAUUUAAUAUCCAUUGCUCCGCAUUCCGGGUAAAACCACAGCUCACGAUUUCGUGCGAGAACACCAGCCACAAUAUUUUAGCGCUGGCGAUUAGCCCUAAUUUCUAAGCAAGAAGCCAUGCAGCUGUUUUUGGGGCUGAGACCUGUGUCAGCUCAUCAUUCUUCAGUCACCGGCGGAAUGGAGCGCUGGCAGAACAAACUGGCUGUGGUAACGGGCGCCAGCGGUGGAAUAGGAGCCGCCUGUGCUCGGGCGAUGGUUGGGGCUGGACUGCGGGUGGUGGGCCUGGCACGGCGGGAGGCCAAGAUGAAGGAGCUGAGGGAGGGUCUGCCCACCCACCUGCAGGCCAACUUCAUUCCACGGCGGUGCGACGUCUCCAAGGAGGAGCAAGUGGUCAGCGCCUUCGAGUGGAUCGAACGCGAGCUGGAGGGCGCCGACGUGCUCUUGAACAAUGCUGGCAUCACGCGCGAGACGGAACUGGUCACUCCGGGCAACACCCAGAAGCUCAGGGAGGUCCUGGACACCAACGUGAUGGGUGUGAUUUGGUGCACCCGCGAGGCCUUUCGCAACAUGAAGCGGCGGGGCGGCGAGGGCCACGUGCUCAUCAUCAACAGCAUCGCCGGACACCAGGUGCUCAACUUUAUCGACGUGCUGCCCUCGUUCAAUAUCUAUCCGGCCAGCAAGUUCGCCAUCACGGCCAUCACGGAGACCUAUCGCCAGGAGUUCCAACUGCACACCAACAAAAUCCGGGUGACCGGCAUUUGUCCCGGGGCGGUGAGCACGAACAUCUUCCCGGAGGAGAUCCAUUUCUACGUGAAGGACAUGGCCAGGCUGGAUCCAGCCAACAUAGCGGACGCUGUGAUGUACGCUCUGCGAACGCCACCGCAUGUGCAGGUUCACGAAAUUACUAUCAAGCCUAUGGGCGAAAUCUUUUGAAAUCCAAGCUGUACUUAAGCUAUUUCUGAAGGUUAAGGGGUGACCGGAAUAGUCAGCUAUGUGAUACCGGAUUUUACAUUGGUAUCAAAUGUUUAACACUAUUAACAAAUUUUGAUGUUAUUUGUAUAUUUUUUCAGCCAAUGUUUUUAUUCUGAACGUUGCAAACAAAUAAGUUAUAUUAUUUUAAACAAGAUUAGUUCCCCUGAGUUGAGUGCGUUACCCCCAAAAAUGAGGCGUUAUAUUUAUGUGCAGAAAUAAAUAAACUACACAUGUUACUCGUGAAAAACAUAAAAGGGUAUAUUGUACUUCCUAAAAAGUAUGGAACAGUCAAAAGAAAGCAUUUUCGACUCUUAAAAGUUGAUAAAUGAAAGCAAAGAAAAUGUCUGAUAUAUUUUUAUGGGUUAACCAGAAUUAAAAAUUUUAUUUUUAUAUUUUAGCAGUAUUGGUGGUAUACGCUGUCAAUAAAAUUCGAAACAAACUUUAAGAAAAAUAAGUUUAUUUAAAAUAAAACUCUAGCGUUAUUUGUCAAGCUUAAUAAAAGAACUCAAAAAGUAAUCAUUAGAUGACUAAAAAAUGGGAUGGAAUUGAAACUGAACAAAAAAUAGUUGUUUUGAGACUUAUUUAAAACUCAAUCCCUCAAGUUUUGAAAUAAUAUGGGAGAAAAAUGUAACAGGAUUCGUAUGGUGCUGUGCACAAAUGUUUUAGUACUUGUAUAGUUAGACUUAUUUUAGGAAUUUCGUGUGAAAAUUAAUUUUUUGUUAAAAAAAUAGUAAUCAUAUUUUUCCGUUCCUGACAAAAAAAUUGUAAAAGUUACAAAAUGUAUAUCAGAAAUUUUAAAAGUGUCAUCCAAACCACCGUCAAAAAAAAGUCACUUUAGGGAGAAAUUGCUUGCUUUUACCAGUUACACACUUUUAGAAAAUUGUUAAAUUCUCUUUUACUUUUUACUCUUAA